CGUUCCCGCGCGGCUCUGGUUCUCCGCCAACGACUUGUUUUGAUUUUUUUACGGCCCCCAUUUUACUUCAUCUCGGUAUCACAUUUUUUUAUGGAGGCAGGGAAGGAAACUCAGGUUUAUUUAUGGGCCGCAAGUCAUGUGGUUUUCUUCGGUGUAAGGUACUCUGGACAGAUAGAUUGUACUUUGGGAAGAUAAGUGAGCAGGGAAUUGUUUCUUUCUUUCUGGUGAGUAUGUAAUGAAGGCCUGCCUUCAACUGAACUCUAAACAGCUGAAGUCCACCCAAUUGCUGCUCAUAUAUAUCCAAGUAGCAAAUCUGGUUGUAAUGGUGCUGAGUUGCCAGCUGCUGUUCCAAAGUGCGCUUGAAUUUUAAUAACUUAGCAUAUUGCGUACACUGUAAGAGAAAUAAGGUGGGGAAUUGGCUGAGCAUUAAGUAUGUCAGGGAAAGAAAACAUCAAACCUAUGAUCCCCCAACAGCCCCAAGCAUUGGAGCCAAUGCCCUUCACAAUGAUCAAGCAAGAAAAGAAUCCUGCCGUGCAGAAUUAUAGUGUUUUAUACAAUGUGAAGAUUGAAACUGAAGAUGAUGCUACGCAUUCCAAAUGGCAUGAUUUACCCAUGGAGCUCCUUGUGCGCAUUCUUGUGCUUGCGGAUGACCGCUCUAUCAUUGUUGCCUCGGGUGUAUGCACUGGCUGGAGAGAUGCAAUCUGUGUUGGUGUUCAAGAUCUUUCACUUUCAUGGUGUAAGCGGAACAUGAGCAACUUGGUCCUGUCAGCUAUUCCUAGGUUCAACUGUUUGCAAUUUCUUAAUUUACGGCAGAAUCAACCCCAACUCAAUGAACAAGCAGUAGAAAUAGUUGCAAAGCAUUGCCAUGAUUUACGUGCUAUAGAUCUUUCAAACAGCACACAACUGACAGAUAAAUCUCUAGAGGCAUUGGCACGUGGUUGUAAACUACUAGAAAAGCUCAACAUAAGUGGAUGUUCUGGAGUCAGCGAUCAUGCACUUAUCUUUCUAUCAGAGCAGUGCAACAAAUUGAGGCAUCUAAAUUUGUGUGGCUGCGUUAGAGCUGCAUCUGACAGAGCUUUACUGGCACUGGCUCAUAAUUGCUGCCACUUGCAAUCUUUGAAUCUGGGUUGGUGUGAGAGGGUUACUGAUGUUGGUGUUACAGGAUUGGCACAAUGUUGCCCUGAGUUAAGAGCUCUGGACCUGUGUGGUUGUGUGUUAAUAACAGAUCAAAGUGUUAUUGCAUUGGCUGGAAAUUGCCAUGACUUAAGAUCAUUGGGACUGUAUUACUGCCAAAACAUCACAGAUACUGCCAUGUACUCACUAGUAAAUAAUGGUAUAUAUAGAUCAGUGAAACCAAAUCCCAAACACAAGAGUGGCAAUAAUAAAUUCAACACUGAGCCAGUAUAUCAGGCAAUUGUAGCCCAGGGCUCUCCAAGAUGUGGGCUUGGUGGUAGUGCAGGCAGUUGCAGCAGUAAUGAUCGCACUGCAGCUACAAGUCGUGAUUACAUGGAAUCUGUUUUGAAUGACCAAGAAGAACAUGGUCUAGGGCAUUUAAACAUUAGCCAGUGUACAUCAUUAUCUGCACCAGCAGUUCAAGCUGUCUGUAAUACUUUCCCAGCAUUGCACACUUGUGUAGAUAGGCGUUCUCUCAUCAUAAGUGGUUGUCUAAACCUCACUUCUGUGCAUUGUGUGUGUGCUGUCGAAGCCAGCAGAGGACGCAGAAAUAAAGCUGCAUCUUCUAUUGCAGGGAUUCUAAAUGCAAGAGCAGUACGGUGAAGUUUGCAUGUUUGAAGGCCAUUUGAAAAGUGAAGGAAAUCAAAUUUCUUUUUGCUUGUAUGUAGAUUAUCAGAUGUGUUGCAUGUUGAUAAAUGGUAUAGUUAAGUCUUCUUUUGUUACUGGACUUCAUAGCUUUGUAGAAAUGUUACAUUAUGUGACUUAUGUUCUGUGAAAAUGAAUGUGCUGAAAUCACCUGGAUUUCUAGUUCAUGAAGUCCAAAUACACUUGAUCAAAGCAAUACGGACUGUCCAAAACAAUUGUAGAUGCUUUAUAUUUAUGCUAUAUUAAAGAUAGUGUAAUAGAUAUACUCAUUUGUAGGUUUUGAUCUAUCCAUUUCUGUGGUGGAAGUAAUUAAAUUCAGACAGUUGGAAAUGUC